GGUGUUAGGAGUAAGGACGCUCUCCCUCUCUCUCUCUCUCUCUCUCUCUCUGGUUCGAAGAGCGGAACAAUGGCGGAACGAAGAAGUUCUCCGCUUCCGUUCCUGCUGCUGCUCGCGAUCGUCCACUUCGCGGCGGCGGCGGCGGCCAGCUCCGCCUUCUUCGAACCGUUCAACGUGAGCUACGACCACAGGGCGCUGAUCAUCGACGGCAAGCGCCGCAUGCUCAACUCCGCCGGAAUCCACUACCCUCGCGCCACGCCGGAGAUGUGGCCCGAUCUUAUUGCAAAGAGCAAGGAAGGUGGUGCGGAUGUAAUUCAAACCUAUGUCUUUUGGAGCGGGCAUGAGCCUGUGAGAGGACAGUACUACUUUGAAGGGAGUUAUGACAUUGUCAAGUUUGUGAAGCUAGUGGGAUCCAGUGGAAUGUACCUUCAUCUCCGGAUAGGCCCUUAUGUCUGUGCUGAGUGGAAUUUUGGAGGCUUCCCAGUCUGGCUCCGGGAUAUCCCUGGCAUCGAAUUUCGAACAGACAAUGUAUUCUUCAAGGUCGAGAUGGAGCAGUUUGUGAGAAGGAUUGUGGAUCUAAUGCGUAAGGAGAUGCUCUUCUCUUGGCAAGGUGGCCCCAUUAUCAUGUUGCAGGUUGAGAAUGAGUACGGGAACAUUGAAAGCUCCUAUGGGCAAAGGGGAAAGAAUUAUGUCAAAUGGGCUGCAGGGAUGGCUAUUGAGCUUGGUGCUAGGGUUCCAUGGGUCAUGUGCCAGCAAGCUGAUGCCCCAGAAACUAUUAUAAAUGCUUGCAAUGGUUAUUACUGUGAUGGAUUUAAGCCUAAUUCCUAUGGCAAACCAACACUUUGGACAGAAGAUUGGGAUGGCUGGUAUGCAGCGUGGGGUGGAAGACUACCACAUAGACCUGCCGAAGAUCUUGCUUUUGCAGUUGCCCGCUUUUUUGAACGAGGUGGAAGCUUUCAAAACUAUUAUAUGUAUUUUGGAGGGACAAACUUUGGCCGAACUUCUGGGGGGCCGUUCUAUGUUACAAGCUAUGACUAUGAUGCUCCAAUUGAUGAAUAUGGUCUUCUGAGCCAGCCAAAAUGGGGUCAUUUGAAAGAUUUGCAUGCUGCAAUAAAGCUUUGCGAAGCGGCACUUGUUGCUUCUGAUGCGGCACAGUAUAUAAAAUUGGGGCCAAGGCAAGAGGCACAUGUGUACCGUGGAAAAAAUCACAUCGAAGGCCAUAACUUGACUAGGUAUACAGGUCAAGGAACAUGUUCUGCAUUUCUUGCAAAUAUAGAUGAACAUAGAUCUGCUACAGUCCACUUUCUUGGCCAGGCGUAUAUUUUACCUCCAUGGUCUGUGAGUAUAUUACCAGACUGCAGGAAUGUGGUUUUCAACACUGCCAAGGUUGCAGCACAAACUUCCAUCAAAUCAACAGCAAAUGGCUUGCCCCUUAAUUUUAUUGUUUCUGGGGAGAAAAUAAAGAAACCGAGUAGGUCUUCUAAUUUUGGCAAUUCAUGGAUGUGGUCUCAAGAGCCAAUUGGUGUUUGGAGCCCCACCAGUUUUACAGUUGAAGGCAUUUUAGAGCACUUAAAUGUUACAAAGGAUCUUUCUGAUUAUCUGUGGCAUUUCACUAGAAUAUACGUCUCCAAAGAUGAUAUCGCCUUUUGGAAGGAGAAAGACAUCAGGCCAACGGUUACAAUUGACAGCAUCCGUGAUGUCCUCCGUGUAUUUGUCAACGGUCAGUUGGCAGGCAGUACUUUCGGUCAUUGGGUCAAGGCAGUGCAGCCUGUUGAUCUUUUGCAAGGAUAUAAUGAUCUAGUUCUGCUAUCACAAACGGUCGGGUUACAGAACUAUGGUGCCUUUUUUGAGAAAGAUGGGGCUGGGUUCAGAGGCAAGGUAAAGCUUACUGGAUUUAAAGACGGUGAUAUAGACCUUGCAAAAUCUCUGUGGACCUACCAGGUUGGGCUUAGGGGUGAAUUCCUAAAGAUAUACACAACUGAGGAUAAUGGGAAGGUAGAAUGGACUUAUUUGGCUCAGGAUGACAUACCGUCCCCAUUUUCCUGGUACAAGACAUACUUUGAUUCCCCAGAUGGGACAGAUCCUGUUGCUAUUGAUCUGGGUAGCAUGGGAAAGGGCCAGGCUUGGGUAAAUGGUCAUGAUAUAGGAAGAUACUGGACUCUAGUUGCCCCAAAAGGUGGAUGUCAGCCGAUAUGUGAUUAUCGCGGACCCUAUAAUUCAGAAAAGUGCUGCACAAAUUGCGGAAAGCCUACCCAAACCCGGUAUCACAUACCACGGUCGUGGCUCCAGCAGUCAGAUAAUUUACUUGUCAUCUUUGAGGAAACAAGAGGGAAUCCAUUUGAUAUAUCAAUCAAGUUACAUUUCUCAGAGAUCAUCUGUGGUCAAGUGUCGGAGUCGCACUAUCCUCCUAUACAAAAGUGGUCCCUUCCUGAUUCUGUCGGGGGAAGAAUCUCAAUCAAUGAUAUGACUCCUGAGAUGCAUUUGCAAUGCGAAGAUGGUUAUGUAAUUUCCUCCAUAGAAUUCGCAAGCUAUGGAACACCUGAAGGCAGCUGCCAGAACUUUCGCAAGAGCAGCUGCCAUGCCCCCAAUUCCUUGCAGGCGGUAACAAAGGCUUGUCAAGGAAGAAAUAGCUGUUCCAUCAAGAUCGCAAAUGCAGAAUUUGAUCGCGACCCAUGCCGAGGAACCGUGAAGACAUUGGCCGUACAGGCGAAAUGCAUUUCGUCAUCUGAACAUCUCUCAGCUUUGUAGCGGGGGCCAGCAGCUUUCCCAAUUUCAUUCCCUUGCCAUUCAUAGCUUUGUAUAUCCGGACUCAAAGAUCCUUUUCAUUAAAACUGGCUCACUUUAAUUGUGCCGUUUCAGUAUACAAGAGCUACUCGGUACUUCUGUGAGUAAUGAAAUGAAAAUCAGGUGCACGUUGUGCCGCUAUUGAA